AAGGGUUACUUCGAGGCGCGCGGGAGGUGAUCAAAGCGAGGCGAGGCGAGGACAGGACGCGACAACACGCCGUCCAGACUGCUGGCUGCAUGAGGCGCACCAUCGCGUCCACCCCCCGGUUCGCUUGCCAAGCCCGGCUCUUCUCUUCCAGCGGGCCAGUAGCAUCUGGGAGCCGAGUUCCUGCAAAGGUUAAGUGGACGGGGACUUUGGAACUGUCGAGCCGACGAAAGCAAGCCGAGCGAGGCAGCGCCUUCGCCGAGCGCCCCGGCGGGAUUGGCUCCUAUUCCGGAUCGGCCGGGGCCGAGAAAAAGAACGAGGCUUCUUUCGAGGGCUACCUGGCACAAUGGUGACGCUGAGCCCCGUCGAUUCGGUGUACCUCAAGCUGAGCGCCAACGGCAGUAACAGGCAGAGCCCGGACAAUUCCACCUCGUCGGGAGAAGGCUGGGUGGUGGGCAUGUCCAUUCUCAUGUCUUUGAUCGUGCUGGCCAUCCUCUUUGGCAACGUGUUGGUCAUCACGGCCAUCGCCAAAUUCCAGAGGCUGCAGACGGUCACUAACUAUUUCAUCACUUCUUUGGCCUGUGCGGAUCUCCUGAUGGGCUUGGGAGUGGUCCCCUUCGGAGCCAGCUACAUCAUUCAGCGCACCUGGAAGUUUGGGAGUUUCUGGUGUGACUUUUGGAUCUCAAUUGACAUCCUCUGCGUGACAGCCAGCAUCGAGACGCUGUGUGUCAUUGCUGUGGACAGGUACUUUGCCAUCACUUCUCCUUUCAAGUAUCAGAGCCUUUUGACCAAAAAUAAAGCCAGGAUGGUCAUCCUCUUGGUUUGGAUCAUUUCAAUCUUGACUUCCUUCUUACCUAUCCAGAUGCAGUGGUACAGAGACAAAGGGCGGGAUGCCGAGUAUUGCUAUUCGAAUGAGAGCUGCUGCGACUUCUUCAUCAACCAGGAGUAUGCUAUUACCUCCUCGGUUAUCUCCUUCUAUGUACCUUUGGUGGUCAUGGUUUUCGUCUAUGCCAGAGUCUUCCAGGUCGCUAAGAAGCAGCUAAAAAAAAUAGACAAAUGUGAAGGACGAUUCCAUCAGCAAAAUUCCAACCAGGAGCGAAAUGCGGGAAAAGGAAACCAUAGGAAAACAUCAAAGUUUUGCUUGAAAGAGCACAAAGCUCUCAAAACUCUGGGCAUUAUCAUGGGUACUUUCACUCUGUGUUGGCUCCCAUUUUUCAUUGUCCACAUUGUGCGUGCUAUUGAAGAGACCUUGAUUUCCAAAAAUGUGUAUAUCUUUUUGAACUGGGUGGGAUAUGUCAAUUCUGCUUUCAACCCUUUAAUUUACUGCCGAAGCCCAGACUUCAGGUAUGCUUUCCAGGAGAUCCUGUGUUUCCGGAGGUCUGCCUUGAAAAUGUACGUCAAUGGAUAUUCCAAUAGCAAUGGGAAAGGUGACUGCAAUGGGGAUCACAAUGACUAUCAUACAAGUGAACACAAGGCUGGCCAAUGGCUGUGUGAAGAAGGAAGUCCCCCUACUGGGGAAGAGUUUGUGCAUUGCAAAGAAAUCCCUGGGUGUCCUGGAAUGGUUGAAAGUUGAAUGGAUAAAGAACUCCUCACCCUUUGCAGAAGCUUGUGAAGAGACGAGUCCAGGUUCAGCCAUAUUUCUGUCAGGACGGGAGAACUACACAUUCCUUCAAAGAAGGACAAAGGAAUGAGCAGAAUGGAGUAAGCCAAGACUCCAGAUUGUGAAACAUGAGGAAUCUGCAGUGAAUGAAUCAUUCUGGGACCCAACUAGGAGAAACCAAAUUCAUUGUGUGAAAGUACUGCUUGAGAUUGGAUUGGGAGAAUCUUCAUAGUGCAAUAAUGAAAACGUUUUCAUGGAGCUGAAUCAUAUGAGUUUUCAGAAGCCGGGGAAGAGUUAAAAUAAUCUUUCACAACCCCACAGGAAAUCUCAAGGAACUGAAAGCUUGGGAAUAUGCUUUCCCAUAUUAUUCUUAGUCUACUAAUAAAAAGGACACAUAACAUCAGGCUUUUUAGGUAGCGGAUUGUUAGGAUUGGAACCAGAUCUUAGUGCAGCCCAUGAUAAUUAGGAAAACAAAAAAUAGCCCUGGAACUCAUAAACAGGGAAGCACUAUUAAAAUGGGUUUAUAAUGCAUUCUCAAACUAGUUUCUAUUCCUGCAAGUCUUUAGAGAGCCAAUUUGUACCGCAUAGUUUCAAAAACAUUGCUCAAUUUUUAUUAACUUUUUAACUAACUUUUACUCAUCAUUUACAGAAUCAGUUUUCAAUCAGUUUUCAGGGACAAAGUCCACUUUCCUUUAAAGAAUAACUGAAAAAGGACAUGGUUGGAAGACACUCUUCUCUCUUUCUAUAUGUAUAAAUGUUAUCUCUUUCUCAUAUCUUUCUACUUUUAAAAAACCAAACAAUCUCUCUCUCUCUCUCUCAUAUGUAGGUCUUUGGUUAUUCGGGUUUUCUCCCGCGUAAAAUUGGAAAUACCUUGGCGAUGUUUCGACGAAGUUUUAUUCGUCAUCUUCAGGCUGGUGUCUUCGGCCUUGUGACACCAGCCUGAAGAUGACGAAUGACACUUCGUUGAAACUUCGCCAAGGUAUUUCCAAUUUUAUCUGUGAUUUUUUAAAAAAUGCCCGAUGCUCUUCUAUGAAUGAGUCAAGUUUGUGGAAGUAGUUUCCCAUCUCUUCUACAUGGAUUUCCUGUUCAGUGUUGUUGUGCAGAAUUCUUCACCUCUUCUGAUUUAAGAGAAGUCUGUCCUGUUAGUCCUGCUACUCAGACUAACCCGAGCACAACCAAGCCCCCACCUAAACAGAACACACACCCAUCCAAUCAGAACACAGCCAACCCCCCAUCCAAUCAGAGCACAGCCAAACCCCCAACCAAUCAGAACACACCUCCGCCCAAUCAGAACACAGCCAAGCUCCCACCUAAUCAGUUCACACCCCCACUGGCAGUUAAAAGGAAGAAACAGCUGCGAUCACACACAUUGCUCCUAAAAGCACGAAGCCGAGAACACCAGCCUGAAGAUGACGAAUGAGACUUCGUCAAAACGUUGCCAAGAAACCUCCAAUUUUACGCGGGAGAAAACCCGAAUAACCAAAGAUAUAUAGAUAGAUAGAUAGAUAGAUAGAUAGAUAGAUAGAUAGAUAGAUAGAUAGAUAUCCUCUCCUCUCCUCUCCUCUCCUCUCCUCUCCUCAUGCCCCCUUUCUCCUCUCCCCUUCCUAAUGGGAAGGGAUUGAAUUCUUCUUUUGGAUAUUGAGAGAUCUGGGCUUUUCUGCUUGACUUGUGCCAGCUCAUGAAUCCUUCCAAAUCGCUUUCAAAAAGGGAACAGACUGAAUACAAAGUGGAGUAAAACAGUGGAUCACCAGACAAAAUAGUGAAAAGUACAAAUUGGUUAAUGGAAAGACCUCAAGGCAACGAAGAAUGCUCAAAACUCUGAUUUUCUAACAAGUCUUCAUUAUCUAUACAUUAAGAAUUUUGAGAUGUAAAACAUUUGAUUUCAAAUGUAAAGUGUUUCAGCCUUGAAAGAAAUACUCAACUUUAAAAAUGCAGAAGAAAAGGUUCUUACUCUUGAUUAUUUUAUGUUUGUCUUAUGAAAUGACAGUCCUUCCCCUGCCAGCCAGCUCAACAUUGUGCAGUUGAUCAAUGAAAUAGGCAGCAAGGACUUCCUAUUUCUCCCCAACUGCCCUUUUUGCAACUGAGAGCCACAUGCCACUCAUUGGCCAUGAGUGGCUUAUCUGUGAUUUUUAAAAAAAUGCCCGAUGCUCUUCUAUGAAUGAGUCAAGUUUGAGGAAGUAGUUUCCCAUCUCUUCUACAUGGAUUUCCUGUUCAGUGUUGUUGUGCAGAAUUCUUCACCUCUUCUGAUUUAAGAGAAGGAAUUCCUGUCCUGUAAACUCCGAGAAAGCUAUCCGUCUGCACAAAAGCUUUGGUUGACCAGUGAUUGUAUUGUAGUUUGCACUCAAGGAUAGUAUGCACAUGUGAACCUCUAUGCAUGAUCUGCUUUAGAUCCUGCACCUUUAAAUCUCAUGUAAGAAGAGGGAAUGGAAAAAAUUGGACUCUGCCUGGCUUUCUUUUUCUUUUUUGCUGUGAAGUUGAGAUAUAAUGGGCUUCCAUCAGUGCUGCUCUCCAGUUGUGAAAUAUAUUUAUUUAUUUAUUAGCUGAUUGUAUUGUAAGAGCAACUUGCAGAGUUUGUCUGGCUUCUUAGGGUUCCUCUCUAAGGAGAGACAAUGAUGAAACCCAUAGGAAGACAUUGGCUCAACCAAAAUAAAAAUGAAUCUAUUGCA